UUGUGCGAUGUUAUCCGAAAGUAAUAGUUUGCGAGUUUAUGCUGUGAUAGGGUUGCUGUGGCUGGUCGACUCGGACGCCAUCAUAUCAUCUUCUGAUAGCAUUGGAUUUCAGCUCCAGAAUGGCGACAGACGAAGAUACGCGUAAAACUAUCAACAGACUGCUCCUCGUCAAUGCCUUGACAGAGGGCGCUUUGGAAGAGAUGAUGGUAAACCCUGAAUAUUUCGACGAAGACAAUGAGGAAUUCCUUGGAGACUUCAACUGCACAGACGCGUUGGGAAAUACUGCCCUUCAUCUUGCUGUACGUCAAGGGCAUCCGGCUGAUGUAGCGGCUCUCUGCGGUGGGGCUGUCGACCUUGACCUCCACAACAAGAAUGGCGAUACACCACUUUAUAUCGCUUUGAAGGAGAUUGACGAUGCUGAGGCACGUUUAGAAAUUGUCGCAGAACUACUAAGUUGCGGCGCAGAGAGCAAACAGACAAUGCCAGGGGGGCUCACACCACUGGAGUACGCAAAAAGCCGAUUUCCUUCAGAAAAGAACUUGCAUGAGAUUAUCGCAAAUCCUCCAGGUGAUGAAGAGGAAGAUGAACUUCAGCCAGAGCAACUUAGAAAGCAAAUGUAUGACAGCAGUGAUUUUGCAGACGAUGACGAAGAUGAAGGCGAGGGAUCGACCCCGGAGACCGAUUAGACGACAUACUAAUAUCAUUCACAUUCCUCGAAUAUCAUAGACCAAUGGGGCCCUUGAAGUUAUCCAAUAUUUCGCAUGCGCUUUGCCUUCGAUCUCAUUCCAAUUUUCCUUUGGAACGUAAUUGUUCACCAGCAUUUUUAUUUAUUUCGCAGCCAUAUCUCUGUAUCGUGAGCUGUGCAGUGCGCACAAGAUUUAAUCUUCUGCUCAAUGUCUAACUUUCGAACUCAAUGUGACAAGGACGUACGAUUGGUAUUGUUA